UACAACAUUGCUUACCUGUCACUGCCAAGUCACAAAAGACAACUUAAAUAAUCUGACUUGGAAAACUUAAAUAAUCUGACUAGGAAAAGAACACAAAAAAAAAUAAAAAGAUUAAGAAAACAAAACUAACGAUUAGAUGAAAUUCAGAACAUAAGCAGAUUUAGGGGUUUUGUAGAAAGAAGAAUAUUACUCUCACACACGGGAGGCGGAGGUGGAGGCGGAGACGGAGGCAAAGGGCAGAGGGCAGAGGCGGAGGCAGAGGGCAAAGGGCAGAGGGCAGAGGCGGAGGCAGAGACGCUCACUUUCUUCUCCCCACCGUCGCACAUCGUCGAAAAAUGGGAUUACGACAGAGAAGUAAUUGCUAAACUUGAAGAUCCUGCUGUGAGUUAGUACUGUGCUUUACGCUUAUUACAGACACAUGGAAGAAGAAAUAACUAGUGCUUCUAGGUUUGUAGAGUUGAAUGAGCACAAUAGUGAUAAUAAAAUGAAGGAUACGGUGGAUCUGAAAAAUAAUGAGUUGAAUGAAGAUAGUGUUGAGAAUGAAAAAGAGGAAACAAGAAAGGUAGAAGAUAAAGUGGAGGAUCCUUGUGUAGGAAUGUUGUUUGGUUCCAUUGACAAUAUCAUGGAGUAUUUUACAGGGUAUGGUAAUAAAAAGGGUUUUGUAGUGGUUAAAAGAACAUCUAGAAAGGGACAUAAUGGGGAGGUGGAGUCUUUGACUAUAGCUUGUAAUCGUGCUGGAAAGCAACAGAUUAAAGCUAGCAACUCACUUAAAGCGCAGCCACAAUCGAAAACAGGUUGCAAAGCUCAUUUUAAUAUGAUUCGAUGCUUAGAUGGGUGGAUAUUGAAAUCCAUGGAACUUGACCAUAACCAUGGAUUAAGUCCAAGCAAAACCCGAUUUUAUAAAUGCAACAGAGUAUUAAAACCACAUGUGAAAAGACAACUUGAGUUGAAUGCCAAAGCUGGUAUUAAAAUGAACAAGAGUUUCAAUUCAUUGGUGGUUGAGGCAGGGGGGCAUGAAAACUUGCCAUUUCUAGAGAAAGAUUGUAGAAACCACAUGGAUAAAGUCAAGCGUUUGGAGCUCGGGGAAGGAGAUGCUGUAGCAAUGAAUAAGUACUUUUUAAAAAUGCAAGCUGACAAUUCAAAUUUCUUUUACACGAUGGAUUUUACUGAAGAUGGUCGAUUAAAGAAUGUAUUUUGGGCAGACGCAAGAAGUAGGGAAGCAUUUAAAGAGUUUGGUGAUGUGGUUACAUUUGACACAACGUACUUGGUUAACAAAUACAACAUGCCAUUUGCUCCUUUUGUUGGGGUAAACCAUCAUGGACAAUCGAUAUUGCUAGGAUGUGGAUUGAUUUCAGGUGAAGAUACAGAUACAUUUAGAUGGCUAUUUGAGUCUUGGCUUACAUGUAUGUCUGGAGUUCCUCCUAGUGCAAUAAUUACAGAUCAAGACAAGGCCAUGAAAAAAGCAAUACAGAUUGUUUUUCCAAAAGCACGACACCGAUGGUGCUUGUGGCAUAUCUUGAAAAAGUUGCCUGAAAAAUUUAAAGGAUAUAGAGAAUAUAAAUCAAUCAAAUUUUGUUUGAAAAAUGUUGUUUAUGAUUCCUUAACAAAAGAGGAAUUUGAAGAAAGGUGGGGUAGGUUCAUUGAAAAAUAUCAUCUUGAAAGCCAUGAAUGGUUACUUGAGUUGUAUAAUGAAAGGUAUUAUUGGGUGCCUGCCUUUGUGAAGGAUACAUUCUGGGCAGGAAUGUCAACCACACAGCGGAGUGAAAGCAUAAAUGCAUUCUUUGAUGGGUAUGUACAUCAUCAAACAACCUUGAAAGAAUUUGUAGAACAAUAUGAUAAGGCUUUGGCAAAAAAUGUGGUAAAUGAAAAUACUGAAGAUUUCAAUUCAUUUCAAUCAUCCAUACCAUGUUUUACUCAUUAUACUAUGGAGAAACAAUUUCAAAGUGUUUACACAACAUCAAAAUACAAAGAGUUUUGA